CCUCGCAGCGCCGGGCUCGGCCGCCGCGGGGCCAUGGAGUUCGCCGAGCUGAUCAAGACCCCUCGGGUGGACAACGUGGUGCUGCACCGGCCUUUCUAUCCGGCCGUGGAGGGGACGCUGUGUCUGACGGGCCACCACCUGAUCCUGUCCUCGCGGCAGGACAGCACGGAGGAGCUGUGGCUCCUCCACUCCAACAUCGACGCCAUCGACAAGCGAUUUGUGGGAUCUCUGGGGACCAUCAUCAUAAAAUGUAAAGAUUUUCGAAUUAUUCAGUUGGAUAUUCCUGGAAUGGAGGAAUGUUUAAAUAUAGCCAGUUCCAUUGAGGCAUUGUCUACCCUGGACUCAGUCACUCUGAUGUACCCCUUCUUCUACCGGCCCAUGUUUGAAGUGAUAGAAGAUGGUUGGCAUUCCUUCCUUCCUGAGCAAGAGUUCGAACUCUACUCUUCAGCUACUAGUGAAUGGAGGCUAAGCUAUGUCAAUAAAGAGUUUGCUGUCUGUCCUUCUUACCCACCAAUUGUCAUAGUGCCCAAGUCUAUUGAUGAUGAUGCUCUUCGCAAGGUGGCUACAUUUCGACAUGGUGGGCGUUUCCCAGUACUAAGCUAUUAUCAUAAAAAAAAUGGAAUGGUAAUUAUGAGAUGUGGUCAGCCUCUUACUGGUACCAGUGGGAGAAGGUGUAAGGAGGAUGAGAAGCUGAUAAAUGCUACUCUCCGGGCAGGAAAGCGAGGCUACGUCAUUGACACCCGAUCUCUACAUGUAGCACAGCAAGCUAGAGCCAAAGGAGGCGGCUUUGAACAAGAAGCUCAUUAUCCCCAGUGGAGGCGGAUUCAUAAGUCUAUUGAAAGAUAUCACAUUCUUCAAGAGAGUUUAAUCAAACUGAUGGAAGCUUGUAAUGACCAAACGCAUAACAUGGACCGAUGGCUCAGUAAGUUGGAGGCUUCCAACUGGCUAACUCAUAUCAAGGAGAUUCUGACAACUGCCUGUCUAGCAGCUCAGUGUAUUGACAGGGAAGGAGCAUCGGUACUGGUUCAUGGAACAGAAGGGACGGACUCCACACUUCAGGUGUCCUCACUAGCCCAGAUCAUCUUGGAGCCUAGGAGCAGAACCAUCCGAGGCUUUGAAGCCCUGAUAGAGAGGGAGUGGCUACAGGCUGGUCACCCAUUCCUUCAGCGUUGUGCACAGUCUGCCUAUUGCAACAGUAAGCAGAAGUGGGAGGCACCUGUGUUUCUUCUCUUCUUGGACUGUGUGUGGCAGAUACUCCGUCAGUUCCCAUGUUCCUUUGAAUUUAAUGAGCACUUCCUCAUCAUGCUCUUUGAACAUGCCUAUGCCUCACAAUUUGGAACAUUUCUGGGCAACAGUGAAAGUGAAAGAUGUAAAUUGAAGCUACAACAGAAAACAAUGUCUCUGUGGUCCUGGGUCAAUCGGCCCUGUGAGUUGAGUAAGUUCACCAAUCCUCUCUUUGAAGCCAACAACCUUGUCAUCUGGCCUUCGGUUGCCCCACAAAGUCUCCAGCUGUGGGAAGGACUUUUCCUCCGUUGGAACAGAUCCUCUAAGUAUCUGGAUGAAGCAUAUGAAGAAAUGGUUAACAUCAUUGACUAUAAUAAGGAAUUACAAGCAAAAGUCAAUCUCCUGAGGAGGCAGUUGGCCGAACUAGAAACUGAAGAUGGACUUUGUGAGAGUCCUUGAAGGAUGUUCCCAUGCACCAUAAGGACCCUCUCCAGCCUGAGCUUACCUCUCUUUCUGUUUGCCCUUCCAUUUACUUGUACACACUAACCUUGACCGGCUUUGGAAAUGGGAUCCUCUAAUGCCAUGGAAUGAGGGUCACUGCAAUCAAAUCUGGUUUCUGUGGCCUGUUAGACCUUUUGCUUUAGGAGAAGGAAGGAGGUGCUGGUCCUUUCCUUGGGAGUGAUGUUGGUGGCCACUUAACACUCUCCUGUGUCCCCUGAGUAUUCGGUACUCAAGUAGGCCCAGGCACAGAUCAUCUAUUUAGGGAAUAUUUGGUGAUGGGUCAGGCUUUCAGGCACUGAGUAGAGAAGUGUUUUUCAAAACUAAAAUGAUUGAUAAACCAAGAAUUUUGUCUUUAACAUGCUACUUCUAUUUGCCAUAUAAAACAACUGUUCUCUUUCAAACAGUUUUGGACUGACAAAGCUGAAUUCAUUCUUGUUCUGUCUUGUCAAGAAAGGAAAAUUAGAAUAGUUAUUCACGGGAAAUUCUUCCUAUAGGAUAACAUAUAUGUCCUCCUGACAUUUACAUUUAAAACAGUGAAAUGUAUGUUACGAAUAGACACUAAAAGUAUGUGCAAUAUAGAAUUAAAAUAGGAAUUGGUUUUUCAGGUUUUGACUUCAAAUAGUGUUAGUUUGUUAUAAUUAAACUGUAAAUAUGGUUUUCUUAAACCAGAGAUGCACUGCCCUUGUCUAAAGUUCUUAUUGCACUGGUUUAUAUUAUAUAUGGCGUUGUGUGUCUUGUUUUAUUAAGUAUUCUAAGAGCCUACUAAUACUAAGUUUAACCUUGUUUGCUUGAGCCAUUUGAAUAUUUAUAUCAACUGUGCCGCUUUGUCCUGUAUGUAUUAGGCAAACAUAAUCUAUCUCAAGGGGAAGUUUGUGAAUAUGAUGCCACUUUAGGUUCUGAACUUGAGAAAUGUUUUAGCUGUCUCUGUGUUAAAGGGCAAUGGCUACAUUUGUGAUCUGCUCGUUUAUGCCUAUGCUCUCCAUGUUUGUGGUUCAGUAUUUUCCAAGUAUGCUUUUCUCUUGUGGCACUGCUCAUUUUAACCAACACUAUCUGUUCUGGUAGUUCUCUUUUAAAAGGACAGUUGAAUAAUCUUUAAUACAAGUUCCACUCUGUGUAUAACCAUCUCAGUUUAUAACAACAGAUUGGACCCUACUUUAGAGGUUAAAAUGUAACUUAUAGAGGUAAAAAUGUAUUAAAACUCCAUUCUAGCAUAACCUGGGGUCCUAGUCAGAAGCUUUGGGAAGUGCUCUCCAUCUUCUUUGCCCACUUGCCAUUUUUUUCUCUUUCCUUCUAGGAAACACAGGAAAGGCAGCAACCAUCCAUACAGAUUGUUCUGGUUAAUUUGCCUCUCUUCACUAAGCUUGGUUUUAUUCUUGAUUUAGUUUCUUGGCUAAAGUUAGAUUCUCACCAAAAAGCUUAAGUAAAGGAGAGUAUAAGAGAUGUUAUAUUUUGCUGUUGAUAUCUCUGUGUUGGGUGAAAUGUCCAUCUUGGUUUGGAAAAAAAAGAACUAGCCUUCCUUUUUAGAAAUGGCUCCUAAGAAUUGCCUUGUCAGCUGGUGUGCCUGACCUUUUUUUAAUCUUCUCCCACCUUUGACUGAAGGCUACAUAUAAAGGAGCCCUUUGCUUCUCACCAAAUAAAACUAUGUUGAGGUUUUUUUCCUAGGCGAUUCUUUAAAAGUGAGCCCGUACUGCUUAUAUCAUCAACUCUAUGCUUCUGUGGAUGGAGACUUUGCAGGGAGGUUUCAUUAGACUUCAUCAUGGAGAAGUCAGAUCCCAUCAGGUACUUCUAUACCUCUUCCUAAUGAACAUUGGGUAUGUGAGCCAGAGACAAGAGCUCCAUAGUAUUCCAGGUUUUCUUUAUUGUUGAGACAGCUGUCAUCACUGUUUUGACAUUUUUACAUUUUAGAGUUAGUUUAAGGGAUUAUCUAAAUUUCAGGUGUGUUUGGAAGCUAUGAAAACAAACUUUGAUAUCUGCACAUUUUAAAAGGUCAUUUAAUAAUGUAAGUAUUAGGAUCCUCAAUCUUAAGGACUCUAUCCAAAAUAAGUACAUUAUCAAUGCCAUUUAAAGAGGGCUUCAGUCACCUUUCAUCAUUUGAGAAAAAUAAAAUACAUUCAUGGAAAGAUACUUGUUAAGUAUUUUAUUUGGUGAAGUUGCCUUUGAUGAUUAUCUCUGAUAACAUUUAAUGAAGACAGCCUGGGAGCCUGGGAUAAAGAUCAACUCCGUGUGUGUUUGUCGCCACCCCUGAAUUUGGAGUAGAGGAUGAUGGCUUUUAUAUGAAGGAUGGUCCAUAGAGUUGUCCCCACAAGGACCAAUUUAAAAUAAUUUUCUUUUUGUCAACAAUACAGGACUUUUAGAUUUAAAUUAAUACAUUUUUGGAUUUGUUUUUUUGUUUUAAUCAGAGGAACACAGUUGCUUAUCUAAGAACCCUAUAACUUGGUGGCAAACCUUUUCAGUAAAUAUUUGGUCAAAACUUUAUUAAAUGGAAUGAAAAGAAUAAUGAAAUCCAAUAGAUUUAAAACAACAUAAAUUUAUUUUAUUUCUAGGAAGAAUUAGGCUGUCAAAACAAGAUUUUAGAGUGUUUUGAACAAACUUGAAAAAACAAUGGUUGACAUUCAUUGAAAGAUCCCAGAGAGAGGAUUGAAGACUCACUGCUUUUCGUUUAAAAAAGAUGAAGCUUAGUGAGGGUUAGACUUGGGUCAGUCGGGAUUUGAUUUCUAUGAAGUAAAAAGAUCUGGCCAGUUGCUUAGUCUCUUAAAGUGAAAAGUGGGAGUGACAUCUUGCAGCAUUUGAAGAAUCUGCGGCGAGACAAUCCUCUGUAGCUACCUGGCAUCAGGGACAGCUGCUGUCCUUGUGGGUCCUCAUAGGUCCUUGAGCCCACUGACUGUCGGACUUGAGUCUGAGUCAAAGCUGAGUUUGCCUUCUCUAGGUUUAGCGGAUGACAGCUACAGGAGGAUACUUCUUCAAUUCUGCAUUAGAACAGCAUUCCUGGGUGGAGGAUGGGCACUGUUCUGGAAGCUUGGAACUUCACUGAGGAGUUUAGUUUUUCAGGAUGUCCAGUAUGGGUUCAUGCAUACCUCAAGACAGCAUAGUCCCUGCUUAUUCUUUCCUAUGAAGAAAACAUUCUCCUCCAGGGCUGCAAUUUUAAGUUAUUACCAGCUAGUAUUUUUAUGCUUCUUAAAACAUUUACCAUCUUAACAAAAUGCAUUGAAAGACUGACUUCUUUAUUCUUAGAUGAUAUGAAAUGCUGUAUUUCUUUCCUAGAAUCUGCUAAAUUUUGUUUACUUGAAUAAAUCACCUUCUACCUUCCACUGAACCUUUAUACUCCAUGGUCUACAGCAUCUUCUUGCUUUAAACCUAGUCCCAGAAUAGGUGCUCUGAAAAUCCAGGAGAAGGCUUUAAGAGUUCUGAAUUAGUUAACUAAGUUCCUGUUCAAGAAACGUAAUGUCUUGCUAAGACCAAAAAAAAGCAAGCAAGCUCUUGUCCUGUCUCUGAACAACACUUCAGAGCAGCAGUUUGUGCUAUGCAGUAAAAGGUCAUGGAGCUUGCUGCAGACACUAACCAUCCUGACGGUUUAGAACCAGUCCACAAGUUUAAAGAUUUAACUAUGAUUCGUAAGAAGACCAGUUGUACAACCCUGCCUGCAUCUGUCAGGCAGGCAUUGACUUUUCAAAUGAACACACCUCUGCAGAGGUGAAUUACCCACAGAGAUCUUUUCUAAAUCCCAUUGUUUCAGAUCCUUACAGAUCUAUUUACUAUCUACACUAAAAAUACUGCACUUAUGCAACUUAGUUUAUAAGAAAAAGAAUAUGCAUUCUUCAGUAGCCAGGUAUCGAUUGUAUUCUUGAUAUAUUUGAAUGUGACUCUUGGAUAUAAGUGGAUUAUUCUUACCUUAGUAAAAUUGUAUGGCAAAUGUGUCUAUAACAUAUGCUUUGCUGAAACCUCAAGAGUGCUGUAAAGUACAGGUUUUUAUAUUGUAAACCUGUCCGUGUGUGUGUGUGUGUGUGUGUGUGUGUGUGUGUGUGUGUGUGUACACACAGGUGGUCUUAGGGAAAUUUUCUGAACUUUGUCUGUAUAUAUUUGAGUAUUAUUUGUAACAUUCACAAAGUAGUAAGUGUGUCCUCUAAUUGGAAUUAGACUUCUUGAGUUGACUGGUUUGUCAAGCCUGGUUUACUGAAUUGAGAUGGGUCAAAUGUGAUACUGUUCUCAGUGUGUAAUAUUUGUGUGUGGUGGUCUCCUGUGUCUUGUUUCAGAGAUACUAGUGUUAAUCGCUAUAGACAGUGGUAAUAAAAUAUUUGAACAC